AGUACGGUUUGCAGCGAUCCGUCUCCACACCGUAACGCAGUGGACGAGUUGCUUCACUCACUCCAACGACAGCUCACUAACAAAGCACUGCAUUGCAUCUUGCAUGAAGCACAUAGAACAGCCCCCCAAAAAACACGAAGGAGCUCUUCUAGUUCAUAAUCGUUGAGCCAGUCUCCCUCAUAAAAACAGAAAGGAGAGUGUGAAGGAGGCGCUUGCAAAAGAUUCUCCUCGAAGGUAUUAUUCUUGCCAUGCUGCCUUCCCUAAGCACUUCGUCUACAGCUGUUCCACCAGUCGCUGGUGCCUCUCCAACGGCAACGGCGCCUCCGUCGCACGAUGUGCUGCGUGGGCUGCGCUGCUCACCGUCGCGCCGCGCUGUAAAGUUCACCGCCGACGCCCACUCGCGUCACUUUCUCGCUUUCGAUACCUCCAUCAGUCGCGAAACACGCCUCGUCCUUUUCAUGGAAGUCUUCGUGUUCCGCCAUCUUCUCGUUGAUGCCGCCGUGGUGCCGGCGUUUCAGGUGGCGACGUACACGCCGGAGGAGCUGCUGGAGGUGCGCGUCGUGACGGAUCCGCGCCACCCCGCCUACGGCCAGGCCGGCCUGUACGCGAAGAGUCCCAUCCCCUACAACGCCAUUGUGACGCCCUACUCUGGUUUUAUCGAGGUGUUUGCCACCUCGUGCAACUCCCGCACGUACACGAUGGGCUUCGGCUCGAUUGGCGACGACUACGCGCUGGAUGCCGAGUUCGUCGGCAACUACGGGCGCUACGCGAAUGACCCGCGUGGCGUCGGUACGCUGCAGGCGAACCUGUCUGCUGAAAACCGCUUUAACAGCCGUGGGGAGUCGUACACGGCGUUGGUGGCACGCCGGCAGAUCAGUGCAGGAGAGGAGAUUCUCAUGUCAUACGGCAAGGCGCACCGGUUAAGUGCGACGCCGUGGGUGACGAUGCAGGGGGAGCCGAUGAUGCGGCCACGCGUGGGUGGGGUAGUGCCUUUUCCAGCAUUUCGCACUGUGGAGGCGGCCGUGUGUUCGCGCGUCCGCGAUGGGGACCGUGAUGACGUUACCGCAAGGCUGUCGAGCACCACGGACGCAGGCCCUUCCACAAGGAUCGAAGCGAAGAGACGGAGCGACGACUCCUCUACCGUUAGAGCAACGGCUUCGCCGGCUUCCAGUUCUCAUCUUUCCACGAACGUAAGUGGUUUGACGGCGGCCGUCGCACCCGAGAGCAACACAGCAUACACGAACGAGACUGCUGACGCUUUGGCUGACACGGCUUCUUCGCCUCCUCUGCCGAGUGUCGCGUACGAUCUUCUGUGGGAGUGCCCGCAGUGCGGCAUGUGGACGCUUUGCGAGGCGUCGGUUGCAGACAUGCCACUGCCCUGCAGCGCCUGCGGGACACCAAAGCUGAGCGGGGCACGGCUGAUCAGUUUGCUGAGCAGUCCCGCAAUUACCCAACGCGCGUUGUUGCAAGAAGUAGGGCCCCUCCGCACGUCCCGCUCCCCUCCGCAGGAUAGGAAAACACCUCCGUGUUCCUCAACGUCGCCGUUGCCGCCCUCCUCUCCAUCGUCUGCGGCUUCUUCUUUCACAUCCUCCUCGCCACCGUUUAGCAGCGAGCACACCGACUGGCCGAUGAACGUGCCAUUUCUACCCUGGCAGGUGUGGGAUGCCGCGGUGCCCAUGAGCGUGUUGGCGAAGCACUCCCGCUUCGACACACAGGAGCACGUGUUCAUCUAUACGGUUGACACGGGUCUGGACGAAGAGAAAAAGAAGCGUGGCCGUGACAAUGCAACGGGCGCCGCUGCAGAGCAGCGGGAGCACGGAAAGCAGAGGACAGAGACGCCCCCCAACGUAACGGAAGAUGAGCUUUCCGAGCACAGUGACUCUGGACGUGAGAAGAAGAGCCGUGUCGAUGCCGACUCUGCGCCAUCCGUGGCUCGCACCAAAUUCCAUCUUCAAGCGUCGCAAGCGGACCCGAUCCGAAGCCGUAGUCGACGGAACGGUGUUGGCCGUCAUGGCGGUGCUUGCCAUCGGUUAAUACGGGGCGAGUUAUGGGCGCGGCAGGGCGAUGUCGAUCCAGCCGACUUGGCGAGGCUAAACCGCGGCUUGACGCCUGCUGUGACGCUGAUAUCGGCUCCCGCGUCAGAGGACUCGACGCUUUCAGCACACGUUUUUUCACCAUUCUCUCUCUCCCCACGGCAGCUGCAGCAGAGCACCCACACGCGGCUCGACGCGGCCGAAGUCAAGGAGAGUUUAGACGACUUCACAAAGCACGGGAGUGAGGUGGAGGCAACGCUCGCCAAGUCUCCUCUUUCUCUUUUGAUGUCGCCCACACAGGAAGUGGAUCGUCUCAUCGUGUUACGGCGGGCAGCUUCCGUCGGCACCACCUCUGCAGCAGUGUCCGCCGACACGGAUGACGUGGCCUUCUCUCCGCAGCUGGCAAGCAUGCGCCGCCGUCUGCAGUGCAUGACGCGUCGCCUCUUCACCGGCAAAGCUUUCCAACCGGGAGAGGUGGUCAGCUACGUUGGUGGGCUCGUGCGGAGACGCGGUGAUUCGCGCUGUCGCGUGUCGGACUCCUGCUUGGAGAUUCCGCUGCGUUUCUUCUUACCGCCCACGUUGCGAGAGCGCUGUCGGGUACCAACUGGCGCUGUCGCACCGACGCACGGUGCGACCGCGACGCAGACUGUCGAAAAGUGCAGCAGUGAAGGAAUUACACUACAACGCUUCUGUCAACGAAUCGACGGCUUCUCGCUUGUCGUGACGAAUGAGUUCAUGUAUUGCCCCUGCGUGGUGUGGGAAGAGGAGGCGCAAGAGGACGUGAGCCCGCUGGGAAACACACGCGACGAUGGAAGACACCGUUUUCGCAUGACGGGUGCUGAGGACGACGUAGAAAGUGCCUUAUCGGCGUGCAAUGUGGCCCUCGUGCUGACGCUUGAUUCCCUCGGCUGCCCCUAUGCGUGUGCGGUGGCAACGAAGGCAAUUCGAGCUUUUGAGCCGCUGCUUGCGCGUGCGCAGUAA